AUGGACCCCGAUGGCACCAAAACUUCAUAUGCGGUUGAGGGCAAGAUUACUAUCCAACUGAAAGGUUCAUAUGAGGGACAAACGGCCGAAGCCACGAUUGUGAAGGUUUUUGAGCCAUUCACGCUUUCCUGUGUGAUGGUUGUUCGACUGUCACGCUCUAGGUUGGCAUCGAAAGGUAAUAUGGUGCUGAAACUUUUUGACCGACGCUUCGCUUCGCAAAUCAGAGAAGAACAAGAAGCCAGUCCCUGGACCCCGGAUAUCGAAAAGGAGUAUCAUCAGUUCGCCACCGAGGGCAGUGCAUCAAGUUUCACCGCCAAUCUCAACUCCAAGGACGAAACUGUUGCCCAACAAGCAGACACACGAAAUGUUUCUCAGAAUGAAGGCUUUAUUCAACAUCUCAUGUCCGAGUCCCAUGACACCGAGUUUGAAGUCUACCAUACCCCGAAAGACAUACAAGGGGAGGAUAUUCCCCAGCUAUUUGCCAACAUCCCAAUGCUCAUUGCAAUCGACACGCAUGCGCCAACAGCUAGCCAGUACAUUGAUCCUCCUGGUUUUUCUGUUACAGAGUGUUGGCAAAGCAUCGGCGAUCGAGGGAUAUCGAAUGAAGAUGUCAAACGGCCGAACUUCAUUGUACAAAGGCAAGAAGCAAAUGUUUGCAAGGUUUUCAUGAUCGACCUUGCGUUGUGUCUAUUCCGCAGCGAAUCUGAAGAUGACGCGGAGUGGGAUCAAUGGAAGGCCAUGCAGGACGAAGAAGGGACGGUCGUAUACGUCAUGCAAAGGAAGUUGAAGGGUGGAUGUACAUACCAUCGAUCUGCUCGAUACGAACAAUUAGAUGAGGAUUGGAAUAUGGAAGAUGGUCCCAAGCGGCCUCGGGAUGGAUGA